AUGGCCGCCUGGUUGCCCACCCUCCUGGCCCUGCUGGGCUUCGCCAUCGCCCGCGCUGAAGCCCAACACGUCUUUGCGCAUGUCCUUGUCGGAACCACGGUCGGCUACACCGUCGCCAACUGGCAGAAUGACAUCCAGCUCGCCGCCAGCUUCGGCAUCGAAGCGUUUGCGCUGAACAUCGGCACGCCCUUGCAGGGUAUCACGGCGACGCAGGUCGCAAAUGCCUUUCAGGCUGCUGCGGCGCUCAAUACUUCGUUUCAGCUCUUCUUCUCGUUCGACUACCUUGGCGGAACGGCUGGCGCAUGGCAGACUAGCGAUAUUGUCAAUCUGCUGCAGAACUAUACCACAUCGCCUUCGUAUUUCCAGUACCAAGGCCGACCCUUCGUAUCCACGUUCGAAGGGCCAACAGUCUCCAAUGUGAAUCAAUGGUCGACCAUUCGGAGUUCCAUCAGCGGAGGCAUCUACUUUGUGCCGGAUUGGAGCUCCCAGGGGCCGGGGUACAACAUGAACCUCUACGAUGGCGCGUUCAGCUGGACCAUGUGGCCCGAUGGCCCGAAUCAGAUGACCACCGCGCCUGAUCAGCAGUGGACGUCGUCUUUGACCCCCGCGAAUAAGACGUACAUGAUGGGUGUCUCCCCCUGGUUCUACACCGACUUGCCAGCCUACAACAAAGCCUGGGUGUGGAGGGGCGAUCGCCUGUGGUUCGACCGAUGGCAAGAAACGCAGCAAGUUCUGCCCCAAUUCGUCGAAAUCGUAAGCUGGAACGACUGGGGCGAAUGCCACUACGUCUCCCCAAUCUACCAACCCGGCAUCCCGAACGCGCCCAACGCUGACGCCACCGUGUACGUCGACGGCUACCCGCAUUCCGCCUGGCUGCAAACACUCCCGUACCAAAUCGCCGCGUACAAGCACGCCUACAACAGCGCCAACCCGGCCCCCAGCGUGCCCGUCGGACAGGACAAGAUUGUCUUCUGGUACCGCACUUCGCCCGCCGCGAGCGGCUCGACAGACUGCACCGGCAAUUGCGCGCAGUCCUCCAUCAACACCGGCGGCUAUCAAACCGGGUACCCGCCCUCGCAGAUUCUCGAGGACAACAUCUUCGCCAUCGCCCUGCUGUCGUACCCCGCCAGCGUGUCCAUCGCCAUCGGAAACAACGUCAUCACCUUCCCCAACGUGCCCGCGGGCAUCAAUCUCGUUAAUCGCACUUUUGGCGGAUUCACGGGGCCUGUGACCGUCAAGUCUUCUUCCGGGGCGAUUGGCACGGGCGUGAAUAUCACGAGCGCGCCGGCUAGUGGAGUCGCGAAUUUCAAUGCUUUUGUGGGGCUUGCUAGUCACUACUACUGGCACUGCGAGUGCUACUACGAACAGUACUGGGAACAAUGCCGCGAGCACUACGACCGGCUCCAGCACCACCGGCUCGAGCACAACUGGUUCCACUACAACGAGCGCUACGAGCGGAACUACAAGCGGAACUACGAGCGGAGCUACGAGCGGAACUACAGGCAGCAGCACUACAAGCAGCACCACGAGCAGCAGCGGAAGCAGCUCUACCACCACCAGCGGAGCCAGCACGCCAGCCAGUACCACAACCGUCUAUGUGACAAAUACAGUCUCCGUUCCGACAACAGUCACAACCACGGCCACAGCGACUUCGACUUAUACGCAAGCGGCCAGCACGACGGCGACUUCGACUGUGACUCAAGCUCCGGUUACGAAUACUGUUACGAGCACGAGUACGGUGACCCCGGCCGCGGUAACGAGUACUGCCACGAGCACUGUGACCCAGAGCCCGGUUACAACCACUGCCACGAGUACUGUGACCCAGACGCCGGUCACAAAUACUGUCACGAGCACGAGUACUUUGACGCAAACUCCGGUCACGACCACCGUUACGAGCACGUACACGCCUCCCGCCAACACCGUAACGAGUACGAGUACUUUCACUCAACCGCCAAAUACCGUGACGAGCAUGAGUACUUUCACGCAACCUCCAAACACCGUUACAAGUACGAGUACCUUGACUCAGCCGCCGAACACCGUUACAAGCACCAGCACUUUGACCCAGCCGCCGAACACCGUUACGAGUACAAGUACUUUCACUCAACCGCCAAAUACCGUCACGAGCACGAGUACUUUCACGCAACCUCCAAACACCGUGACGAGUACGAGUACUUUGACUCAACCGCCGAACACCGUCACGAGUACAAGUACAUUGACCCAGCCACCGAAAACAGUGACAAGCACCAGUACUCUGACCCAGUCCGCAAUCACGAGCACAGUAACCAGCACGCAAUCAGCAAGUACCGUCACGACCACAUUGACGCAGCCUGCGAUUACCAAGACUGUGACCCAACCGCCAAAUACAACUACGGUGACCAAUACUGUAACCCAGCCGGCAAAGACGAGUACAGUGACGCAGCCGGCGAAGACCGUCACGACGACAGUGACAAAGACGACGACCAAAAAGAACUGGCGCCGGAAAAGAUGGUCCUUGUUCAAUACAGUUCCCAGCGAGCGCGACAGAGCGAGCAUCUCAGCGGCGUCCUUGUAUCUCCUGCUCUUUACCCCCGGGAAUGA